CGCUCAUAGCAACGACAGACACGACAGUACGUUUUCGAUCGAUUUAUAGGAUAUUUCGCGAGCACCCCCGGCUAUAUCGCACAUCGCGCUUACGUUAAUUCCUUACGUGGAUGCGUGGCUGCGUGGUAGAAAAGAAGAUCGAUUUGUACUUUGUGGGAUAUCGCCACGCGAGAAAGAGGAAGCGAGAGAAUCUUGUUUGGUGUUUGGUAUUUCUACGUGUUCCAACUUUCGACUCCUUUUCGCGCAAGUGAACUUUAAUCUGUCAAAUCUCACUGUUGAUCUGUUCUUUUUCCUGACCCUUGACGACACGAUAAAACAUAAAACCAUUUCCACGACGUAGAUCAACGUGCAACGUGGACAUUCGAUUUCCCGAACUUCCUUGGGGUCAUCACCCGCCGCCCGCCGUGCGCGUGCACGCAGCGCGACGAUGCCGAUUUUACCGAGGACGUUUCCAAGGAAGCGUGUCGUACGUGCGCUCAAGUCGACUUACGAAUUCCGAAGCCCGUGCGAAGAGCUCCAAGGACUCCAAGAAUAUCGAGCGCGCGCCGGCCGCGCUUAAGUGCUCGCGAUUUCGAUCUCUACGGUCUCCACGGUGUGAAAGAAAGAGAGAGAGAGAGAGAGAGACAUGGUUACACGUGUCGAGGAUGCGGUGCUGUUCCGUUACGAUGCUACAACGUACCUUUCGUUCUUGUGUGCUCGAGAAACAUCUGUAGUUGAUUGAUACGUGCAGCGGUGUACAAUGUCAGCCCAGCUAAGCAUGCAAGACAAGAAGGAUUUGGAGAAGUUUACCAAAUACCUUGCACUGAGGGCUGCCCAGAUCAUAGUGCAGUCGAGGUCGGGCCAGAAAGUCAACACCGCGUGCAAGCCAGACUCGUCAGCUGGCGACUGGUUCAAUCUGGCAAUAAAGGAACUACCAGAGGUCUCGGCUGACGCUAAGAGAGCGUUAUGUGGAGAGAUAGUAAGUUCAGCUGUACCUCUGUGCAUAGAAAUUUCUCUGAAAACAGUGGAGGGUGACAAGAUGGUUUUGGAAACUUGGAGUCUCGGUGUUUUGCCAGAGCAAAGUGAUCCAACUGUACGAGUAACGUAUACUGUGUAUAACAGAAUGGGGAUUUUGUUAAAGUCCUUGAUUUCUGUAUCAAGAGUUACACCCGCUUACAAACUGAGCAGACGGCAAGGACCUGAUUCUUAUACCAUGUGCUAUCGGAUGUACAUGGGUGAGCCGCAGCUACAUAAUUUAGGUGAUAACUAUAAACAUGUAAGAGUAGGUCAAUUGUGUACUCCAGUGGGCACUAUACAUCUGUCAGUCUCUUACAGAACAAAAAUGACUAUAUCACCCACUCACAAGGGACGAGAUUCUAUUAUGCUUAAGAGCGAUCAUUUUCAUUCAGACUUGAGUCCGCGUCAUGCACGAUAUCAACAGAGCGAGGAAACAUCAAACGCACUAAGCGACACCAUUAAAGUUGGCGCAUUUGUAAUAAACAAGCCUGUCAUUGUCAACGAAGAGGACCUUGUGAUACCAGAUGUACCGUUCAGUUCGUUAUUAACACCCAAACAAACGUCGCCUCCUCCAAUAUCACUAGUGGAACCUACGACAAAGACUGCACGGGCAGCUGUUACAACUGAUAGCAACAAUGGAAAUACGGAAAGACUUAAUAAUGAUAACGCGACUUCGAAAUGCGCAUCCCAAAACGGAUCUAGAAGAAGUAGUUGUUCAAUGACUAGUGCCAACGAUGAUUUUAUUAUGGUAGAUUUGAAAACUCCUUUUGCCGUCACGAAUACCAAUAGCGAUGUAGGAGCGUUUUAUCGAGAGUGUCAAAGUGCUCCGCAAUUGCAAGCCUUUACGGAAGAAAGGACUCUUGCGGAACAAUUGGGAGAUCUUACUAAACAAUUGGAAACAUUUGAGACAAAUAUGCAACACUACGAGGACAUUUUGUCAUCCUUGUGUCAAACAGAAAAUAAUAAUUAAGGCCGAACUCUGCUACGAACUGAUUUAAACAAAAACACGAUUUUGAAAAAUUAUAAACACGUUGAUAGAAUGUAUGUCGAAACGUUUAAGACGUGGAACAAAUGAUCUUUCCUUCAAUACCCUUAGUAAACGUGUGUUCGCUCAAAAUGUUCUGCUAAUAUAUAUAUAUUGCAAAGAUUUUAUGUACGUAUAAAACAAUUAACGGAGCAAACACAUUAGUUGUGAUAACUGAUUACUUAAUAUAAUUUAUUGCUUGUAUAAAGUGUAACGUGCACUUGAAUAUUCUAAGACAAGACGAUAAAUAUAAGUAUAAGUUACGUAUGAAGUGUUCUAUCAAUUUUUUAUUCAAUCUAUUAAAUCCGAUUUCACUCAUUUCAAUGAUUACAGACUCAUAAAAAUUCGUUUCCGAUGUUUGAACGUAUUGAACGUACAUGUAAUAAAAGAGAUACGUCAAAGAACAGAAAUAUUGAGACAAGAUUUGAUCUAUAUAAAUAUAUUAUUAUGACGUGA